AUGUCCUCUGACCCCGACCGGAAACCGGCGUGUACCGUAUGCCGCCAGCGCAAAGUCGCGUGCGAUCGUCGAAGGCCGCGAUGUGGGCUCUGUGCGAAGAGCGGAUUUGAAUGCGGGUAUACACCCCGCGAGCACCGGCCAGGUUUACGAGCUGGAUAUGUGGCCCAGCUGGAAAAGCGGCUAGAAACGCUGGAAAAGAGGAUGGACGAGGUUGUGAGCCGACUGUCCCCUGAGCCGUCAGAAGUCCCUGUGAGCAAUGGAGCGGCUUUGUUGGAUGACCAGCCGAUGAAUCAAGCGAUUGAACCUCGGUCUCAAAAUGGGACCCUGUUGGAUGUGUCCCUGGAUAAUAGCCACGACACAGAAUCAUCGUCACCCCGAUGGCUCGAAGGUCUAGAGUUUGAACUGCGGUCGGUGUGGCUUCAGCAAUACCAAUCAUGGUUUCCAAUCCUGCAUCAUACAUCGGUCGGCAAUGUUCUGUUGGACGACCGUCCCGAGCAGCGCCUGGUUGCGAAAGCGAUCAGGGCUGUGUGUGUACUCGAUGUGGGUGGAAUGCCGUGGGAGCAGAGGCUGGCAUGGUCGCAAAAGAUCCGGGAGGAGGUGAUUCUUGAGUGCCUGACAUCAACGACUCUACGAUCCGUCCAAGCAUUGCUCAUUUUAGCGAUGCUCUUUUGGGGUGAAGGCAAGUGGAGCGAAUACGGAAACCUGAUCGCCAUGUGCAGGAGAAUGUCUCAGCAGCUUGAGGUGUCAGCAGGAGCUGGAGGACCGCGUUAUUCUUUAGGCUCUACUGAAACCUUCGCAAUCAACCCAGAUAUUGACUAUGAAGAACGCUUGCGCACAUGCUGGAUGAUCGAGAUACUUGACAGUGUAUUUGCUUUAAACGUGGGGAGCCAUGUCUCGUCUUCGUCCACCUCGCCAGCUAGGCUUCCAUGCAGUGAUGGAAGCUGGGCUAGUCAAGUCUCGGGAGAAGCAGGAACACGUAUUGAAAAUCUCGAAUUCUCGUCUGGGUUCGCAAUGUGCAUCCAUCUAUGUACCGUUGAGCUCGAGGCGGUGCAUCGAUUCCAGCAAGCUUCACGAGAAUCAAAUAGCACGCCGGGAAAUCCGGACUGGCAAACCACAGCACAGCGGCUGGAUGAGCGGCUCACAAUAUGGCGGGAAGAAUUUGUAGCGGCCGUGUUCCGCUUAAUCAACGCUGUAUCCCACGAGGAUUCGCGUGGCGAAAUGGAACCCUUUAUUGUCUUGACAAAUUGCCUGCUGAAUAUGGGUGUCAUUUCACUGCUACAAUCGCAGUCAUCGCUCCCUCAAGGGGUUCAGUCCGAUUCGGACUCUUGGCCAUAUGCCAACCACCGCUGUAUGUACGCAUGCGAGAACAUGGCCGCCAAGAUCCGUCGCAUGGAAGAAGACAAAUUGAGAUACUGCAGCCCGUUGCUAGUUCUUGCCAUAUUCGUCGCAGCUAGGUUCUACAUCGUGCAUACCAAGUGCCUUCAAGCAGAUGUCUCGGUGAACCUCCAUUCCCUGGCAUACAGCUUGCAUAUCUGUAGCCAUCGCUGGCCGCUGGCGAAGAUGUUCGAAGCUGUAAUUCGGACUGCUGUAGCCGAACACCGGACACCCGUACUUGAGUCGGCGCUACCGGUGGAGUUUUAUGAUCUCCGACAUCAAGUCAUCGACAUUUGCCCUUUGCUACAGCGGUGGAUGGAGAACUCGUGGAUUCCCGUUCCUGGCGCGAUAUAG